AAUUGAAUUUUAAUGACAAGGCAAUUGUAGAGAACUCCGGUGCCGCCGAAGUUAUGUUUGCAUGUGACGUUGCGUACGGCCUAAGCGGGCGCCAGACGACUUCUUGUAAGAUUGGCUCAGGAGGGCGUUAUGCCGACGGUGACGAGGGGCGGAUCCGUUUAUUUCGGAGUUAAAUUGCAAGUGACAUGCGUAAUACGAUACAUUGGACAACACCUAUUUGAUCCCGCUGUUAAACGGGGAGAGGCACGGCGCUCUGUGAUUGGUCUUUCCCAAUUUAGUGGCCAUGAUUUAAUAUCAACAGAUAUACUUUUACGCUAGAAAAGUACAGAUAUAAGGAGAGCAUCAAUAUUGUAUCUUUUAGUAUCUGUCCACGACGUGAGUUGGAAGGAUCUUGUGGGGCCACGGAGCACGAACACUUUCUGUAUAUACAGUAGCUAUAGGCCUAUAUCUAUAUUCAUAUCAAACCUUUUUUUUUGUAAGAACUUGUUGUUGGACUUCAAACAACAGUGGGUUUUUCGAGAUAUAAACUAACUUUAACACGGUUACUUUUAUACAUUGUUUGUGGAUUCCAUACAAGAAUGUUAUUCUAGAGGACUUGCAAUAACCGAGUACCCAAAAGGAGAAAUGAAUUUAUCCAGUUCACUGCUAGUCUGCAUAGUUUCGUGUGCAUUGCUAUUGUUAUCAAGUCUGACCGAGGCAGGCAAAGGAAGGAGGAAGACCAAAAAUGUUCUUUCAAUGCUUGACGAUAGCGAGCCGACUGUAAUGGACAACGUUCCAAGGCGUAACCGAGAGAACCGUCGUAACGGUGAAGGAUCGCACCGCGGAAAAUCACCGGACGAAUUACUCACGCCAUCAAGCGAAGAAGCAAUAGAAAUUACAGAAAAGCAGUAUUUACGCGGUGAUUGGUGCAAAACUCAACCCGUGAAGCAACUUAUUGAAGAAGAUGGCUGUAUCAGUCGAACCAUAACCAACCGAUUUUGUUACGGACAGUGUAACUCGUUUUACGUUCCUAAAACGGUAAAGGACCGUGAGCAGGACGCGUUCGUUUCUUGUGCGUUUUGUAAGCCAUAUAAGUACAAAAUGAUCACAGUGACAUUGCGAUGUCCAGGCAGGAACCCGAAUACAAAAAGAAAGAAGAUUAAAAAAAUCAAGCAAUGUCGUUGUAUAGCUAUCGAUGUUCCGGUUGACUGACAUUAUUGAUGUUAUCUGAACAAUUUUAAUGUUUUAUUUAUAAAUAUAUGAAUAUAUAUUCCAGUUUAAACAGAGACACGCCAGUCGUCGGUAACCCAUUCCGUUGUUUACGAACUUGAAAGAAUUUAUAUGGACAAUCAACAACAAAUUAUAGAGAAUGUAUUAGUAACUUAAAAAAUAUAAACCUUGUAAUGAUAUCAAAUUGGUAUUUAAAAAUGGUAUUAAGAAAAUAGUAUUAACAGAAUUGUAUUCAUGAAUAGACAUUUGUUCUUAGACAACGCAUCGUCAAAUUAUUUUUUUUCCUAAGAAAUAUGACUCGUGCUGGAGGCCUUAAAACAGGCAUACAGUUUUUGUAUAUUUGUAUUUACAAUGUAAGUUCCCGGCUGUAACAACACCUUGUUAUUGUAUUCCGUAAGCUUUGUAAAUACUGCAUGUAAAUAUACAAGAUAUAUAAAUGUUUGUGUGUAUAUAUAAUGUACAAAGUAUAUUGAUGACGUACGAAACAUAAUUAUAGGUAUAUAAAUAGUAAACAAUGUAAUACAUUAGAUUUGCGUUUUUUACCUAAAUUAUAUAGCAGUUACAUGUGAAUGUAUAUGAGACCAACCUUUUUUUAUUAGCAUUAUGUUUAUUAUCUGCAAAAUAUAAAAUAUAUGUAUAAAGAACGAA